GAUGAGGUCACGUUGCCAUUUAUGUCAUGCAGAGGCUUGGCGGGGGGAACCGCCUCUCUGUGUCGGGCGCUGGCGGCAUUAGCGGCAGGCAGUGUCCUUCCUAAUGCAAUAGCGUGCACCUGACCCGCAGUACUGGGAGUCUCCUCGCCACUGCAGUCCGGUCACACGCCGGGUCCCGCUCUGCUCUCCUCCCGGCUCCGGCAGCCGCCGUGCCUGAGGCGCCUGCCGCCCAAAUCCCCGCUUCCCUUCGAGCCCUGUUUGCAGCUGACUUGCAUUCCAGAUGCAGUGGGUUGUGAGACUUGCAUUUCGCAUGUCGGGGGCAGGAUGCCACGAGGCGUUUCAGUUGGGACUCGAAAAGAAAACAGAAUGCUGGAAAUACUCUGCAGGUCGGGCAGCAUCUUUGGAAAGAGGAACAAGAGUUAACGUUGCAGGUUGAAGACCCUUCCAGUUUCAAAAUAACAAAAAAGGAAAAGGGCCUGAAGCAAAAGUUUGGGCACCCUGCAUGAAUCCUAUGAUAUUUAAAUUUGUGUGUGCAUGCAUACAAGAAUCAAGAUUUGAGAAACUGGGAUAUAAGUCGUCAUAAUCUACCUUGAUUGAAACCAAAACUUUUGUAUUGAGAAGAUACUUUAUCUCUUAAACAACUACAUUCUGAGGGGAGGAUUUUUGAAGCUGUUUCGGUUUGGAUUGUUUGGCAGACCUGAUCUUCAAAGAUGGAUUGUAAACCACUUAUUUAUUUUGGACGACAGCUCUUCCGCCGUAAAUAUGUGGACUGCAGUACUGAAGAAACCAGACUUGCCAGAUGCUUGACCACACUGGACUUGGUUGCGCUUGGUGUUGGCAGUACCCUUGGAGCGGGUGUCUAUGUGUUGGCUGGAGCAGUGGCCCGGGAAAAUUCUGGGCCUGCCAUUGUAAUCUCGUUCUUAAUUGCAGCUCUGGCAUCUGUACUUGCAGGCCUCUGUUAUGCCGAGUUUGGUGCUAGGGUCCCCAGAACAGGUUCUGCUUACCUCUACAGCUACGUUACAGUAGGGGAACUGUGUGCUUUCAUCACUGGCUGGAAUCUAAUCCUUGCUUAUGUAAUUGGAACGUCAAGUGUUGCGAGAGCUUGGAGUGCGACAUUUGAUGAGCUCAUUGGUAAACACAUUGAAAUGUUCUGCCGUCAACAUAUGGCAAUGAAGGCACCUAGAAUAUUGGCAGAGUAUCCGGAUAUCUUUGCUGUAUUUAUAAUCUUGCUGCUAACAGGGUUAUUAUCAUUUGGCGUGAAAGAGUCUGCACUAGUGAACAAAAUCUUCACGUGCAUCAACAUACUUGUACUUUGUUUCGUCAUGCUGUCCGGCUUUGUAAAAGGGUCACUGAAGAAUUGGCAGCUCAGUGAGGAUUCCCUGAUAAAUGGGACAAACGGUACUGACUUGGAGAAUGUGACUAAAGGAAACGGUAACUGGAAUUAUGGCUCUGGGGGAUUUAUGCCCUAUGGCUUCUCAGGAGUGCUCUCAGGUGCAGCUACGUGCUUCUAUGCCUUUGUAGGAUUUGAUUGUAUUGCCACUACAGGUGAGGAAGUAAAAAAUCCUCAACGAGCCAUUCCUUUUGGAAUCGUUGCUUCCCUUUUGAUCUGUUUCAUUGCCUAUUUUGGAGUGUCUGCUGCCCUUACUUUGAUGAUGCCGUAUUACUUACUGGACAAGAACAGCCCGUUGCCGGUCGCUUUCAAAUAUGUUGGAUGGGAUGGGGCAAAGUAUGCUGUUGCAGUUGGUUCGCUCUGUGCGCUCUCCACCAGUCUUCUUGGCUCCAUAUUUCCAAUGCCGAGAGUAAUUUUUGCAAUGGCAGAGGACGGACUGCUGUUCAGGGUGUUGGCCCGAAUCAACGAAAGAACCAAAACACCACUAAUUGCUACAGUAGUCUCAGGGGUGGUAGCAGCUAUCAUGGCGUUCUUGUUUGACCUCAAGGAUCUUGUGGAUCUGAUGUCAAUUGGGACUCUUCUUGCCUACUCUCUGGUGGCUGCUUGUGUUUUGGUGCUCAGAUAUCAGCCAGACCAAUUUUCUAAUGCAACAUAUCAAAUGGCAAACACAUCCGAUGAUGCAGAUAUGACUGAAUCAACCAGCACAAGUGAAUCUCAAGCAGAGGUUUUACCAGGAACUGAAGAAGAAUUCUCAUUGAAUGCUUUGCUUUUUCCUGAAAAUACUCUCCCUACCCAACGGUCAGGAUCUAUAGUUAAUGUGUGUGUGAGUUUAGUUGGAUUUUUUAUCGUGAUGUUGUGCCUAUUGACUGUUUAUGCAAAAGAUGCUUUGUUGGAGGGGAAACCCUGGUCCAUAUGCUUGCUGCUUGUAGUGAUUCUUCUCGGUGCGAUUUUCACUUUCAUCAUUUGGAGACAACCAGAAAGCAAAGCAAUACUCUCAUUUAAGGUACCUCUCUUGCCCUGUUUACCUGUUGUGAGCAUUCUUGUGAACGUGUACCUAAUGAUGCAGUUGGACAGAGGCACUUGGAUACGCUUUGCUAUCUGGAUGGUAAUAGGAUGCGUUAUUUACUUUGCUUAUGGAAUACGGAACAGCUCAGAGUCCAGUUCUUUGAGCCUCCCAAGUGAUAGAACUUCAAGGGUCUUUAAGGACACAGUGAGUGCGCCAAAUGGUGAGGCAGUACCUCCAGAGAAGGAAGCUUUCCUGCAUGAUAUCGACGAGUACGCUGCAGAUAAUAGGAACAGAGAGGAUGAUGUUUAAACCAAUAGAAGUUCACUUUCUUCCAAAUAUGUAUCUGGCAUCUAACUUGAACCUUUUUUUAAGAAAAGAAGCACAGCUGAAUGAAUGCUACUUGCAUCACAUAGGGAGGGAGAAUAUCUUUUUAUUCGCACAUGCGGGUGAGGGUUUUGAGUGCUGUUGAGCAUUUGUGAGCCUGAGGGUGGCACUGCUGCUAUGUUAUUUCAAUUCCUUAUUUUCUUAAAAUCUCCAAAACAAUGGUAGCAUUAUUCACACAAUGGAAUACCUGGUUCAAGCAAAAUGAUAAUGGUUUUAGAACUAUUUAUUGAGUUUUAGCAAUGAGUGUCGGGAAUGCUGAACUUUUAGCUUGUGGUUAUGCACACAAAAUGUAGGUGGAUAUAUAUUUUUCCAAAAGAAAUGCUUUCUUUGGUCAAGUAAGCACUUGUAGAAUAAGUUGUUAGUAUAAUAGUAUCUAUUUUUACCCUGGGCUUAGAAUCUCUAUGUUGCACUACUUUGAGGUAUAGUACAGGAUGCUGAAUAUCACAAUGUGGAUACUCUUGCCUCCUGUCCUUUUGCUUUAAUUUCAGACUAUUUGACCUUUUUUAAAUUAGAUGCUUAAUGAAACACUGUAAUCAAGAAAGAAAUCUAUCGUGUAGGGACAGUUCUAAGAAUUUUUCUGAUGCUGGUGCUCUUGCUAAGUGUGGCUUUUGCUAUGACCUUUUAAUUUCAUUUAUCAACCCUAUAAUUGGUCUGAUUCUAUCGUCCAGAUUUACGUAAUAUUUCCAGUAGGGAAUGGUACGUUGUCUUUACAUAUUCUUCUGUAGGAACAAAAUUCACAUGGAUGAAUUAGUUACAUUACCAUUCUUCCUACAGUGUUUAAUUGUACUAACCAUUCAUUGUAGAUGUAAUUUAACAGAGGCAGUUUUAUUGUUUUUAUAUGAAGUUGUCCAGGUUUCACAUCUGCCUCGUCAAUUAUUUCUCCUCCAGAGAGGAGCAGCUUCUGUUGAAUAUAUUUCAGUAAAAGCACUUCUAGUUUUAAUAGUGAAAACUUUUAAAAUCAACUGGAUAAUUACCUGAUCCAAUGUUGACAACUCAAUAUGUUUGAUUUUCAGUUGGGGGACAGAUUAACAAAAAUGUAAGCAAUUCCCACACAGUUAGGGGAUUGAGUAGAGUGUCCUUGGGUGGGCUUUUGAUUUUACCUAAAUUCUGGAAAUAAGUGGCUUUUCAAGGUCCAUAGUUUCUUAAGCAUCGAAUAUCAUAAGUUUAUGACUAUAAAUCAGUUUGAAUGACUUGGAUGCAAUCAGUGAGGAAUGCUGUUGUUUUCACUGAUCAAAUAGGAAACAAAGCUAGAAGAACAAAGGCCUUCUAGUUGCUGGCUUGCAGACCUUUUGAAAAUAUUAUUGGAAUGAAAUAAAUUAUUAAAAAUUUAACCAACCAAGAGAUGUCAGCCUAAGUCUUGCAGUAAAGGGACAACUGUGGGCAUUGUUAUCAGGAAACUUGGGCUAUUAUGUUUAAGUAAAGCCAAAGUAUCAUUUGUGUGAAUAUUCUUCCUAUUGGUAGUGUAGGCUUUUAAGGUGAAGGCAUGUGCUUUUAUAUAUAUUUAAAAAAAAGGAGUUUUAUUUUGCACAUACUGUUACUGCAGAGCUUCAUCCAUUGAUUUGAAUUUGCUGGAAUGCAGGAAUUUUAACUCUAGAAAAACCAGCAAUGGAAGUACUAGGAAACAAUGUACACAGUUGUAUCCAGUUUGCCUCAACAACAGAUCACAUAAUUAACUGUAUUGAAAGCUAUAUAACAGCAGAAUUUAAGGCACAUUAUUGUAAAUUUUAGGACAUAACAAAAUUAACACCUACAUCAUUUGGCUUUCAUUGGAGACCACAUUGGUUAUUAUACACUGUUGGUUGAGUUUGACUAGCCAGGAUACUAAACCCCGAAUAAAAGGUGGUCCUCAUUCAGUGAUGAGGAAAUGGCAUUUUGUUAUAAUCAAAGGAUGGCCAUUGAUUAUAACAAAAUGCCAUUUCCUCAUCACUGUAUUAGACCAGUUUAAUUAUGGAUGGUACAAUGUCUGCUGCAGUUUGUGAUGCAUCACAUUCUUGGGUCAAGGGUUACACUGGGUGGGAAUUUAUUAAGAGUAUUUAAAACCAGUCCAUAAUUUCACACCAGAGUCACAUAAGGAUUGCAGAUGAUCUUUGAAAAUGAUGUCAUGGUCAUUGUAUUCGGUGCCUGACUGCAAGUGUCAAGAUUUAUCAAAUUCAAAAUCUCAUGUCAUGUUGGGAUUUGCAGCUGUGACCUGUGGGUUUGCUGUAAAUGUAGCAACAACUAGACCCCAGUUCUAAACUGAUGCUGGUGUCCUAUAAGCAUGAUUUAAAGGGAGUUUGCAACUGCUUUGGCAGAAUCAAUUGUGAAAAUCCAUAAAGGCAAGUGGAGCUCCAUUUUAAAGAAUGAAAUUGGUAGACUUCUGGUAAAUAAUUCCCCAUCAUUAUAAGAUGGAGCUGUACAAGGUUACAGAUUUUUCACUAUUAUCAAACACAGGAAAACUAGUCUUGAGGUGUUGAUGUAGCUGUUGAUAUUUUCACUUCAAGUAGAGAAAUGCCCCCUGGUGUUUCAUCACAAGGGAUUGGCUGACCUUUUUAAGGAAGUAAUUCAAGAAUGUGAGAUAUGAGUGACUAAAAAUGAGCAAAGAAAUGGGAGGAUACUGAAGAGACAGGUAUAACAGCAGUUUUGGAAUAGGGGAUAUGUAAAGCUGGGGUUGGGUUGUGGGGGAGGAAGGGGGUGUGAGGAUAGAGGAAAUGGCAGUGAAAUCUUUAAAUUAGCAUUUUAUGUUUUAUACAUGGGGUUUAAAGUAGCAAGUACAUAAUUUCUUUCCAAGUUUAACAUGGCAACGGUGAGACCACACACAAGUGUGCAAGUUUUUGCAGCCUGUUAUUAGAAGGAAUUUUAUAGCCAUAAAGUGUAGAUUCAUCAGGUGAGCCAAGGAAUAGGAAACCAUAAUUAUGAAUGUUAGGAUAUCAGGAUUGUUUGCACUACAACAUAAAUGGAAAAGAAAUUAUUAAAAUCCUCAAGUGAAGAAUAAAUAAAUAACUAUUUCUCUAGGCGAAGACAUUGACAAAGAUAUUAGCAAUUUAAAAUCAUGAUGGUCAAGUGCUUGAGAGAAAUUUUAUUGAUCGUUAGGCUAUUGGAGCAUGAAAGGCUUUGCUAUGGAGUACAUCACAGCUUUUUUAGUGGGUAAUUAGAUAUGUAUUUGAAAGACAGGAAAAUGCUAGAUAUCAAGAGAGGUGGCAGUCAACAAUAGUGGAGCUGUUUGGUGGUUAAAAUACGAUGUUGGUGCUGUCUGGCUUGUGCACAAGCUGGGUUUCCUACAUCACAACAGCACCUGCACUUCAAGCUACAGUGGUGCUUGUCAAUCUCUAAGGCAUGUCCUGAAAUGGUGUGAGCAAUUUCUCUGGUGCACAAAAUUAGUAAACUCAAGCUUGAUUGUUUGCAAGGAAAGUUAUGGUUUCCUUUAAUAACAUAAGCUGGAUGUGAUUUCUCAAUUAAAAUGUAAAAAAAAUUCAGGGAAUUACUGCAAUGCCUUGGGUAACAUAUAUUUGGCAUUUGUCUGGAUUAUAUCACUUUGACUCAGAUUUAAUAGAUAUUUUUCAGUGUUUUUGAAGCUUUAAUAAUAGACAAAUUAUAUAAAACACCACAGCCGGUGGGUCUCUUGUGCAGGGUGGGUCAUUGGUACCAAGUGAACUUAACCAACAAAUAAUACAUCUGACCCACACAUUAUCUGUAUUUUUGUUUUUAUUAUUUUUAUGAAAACUGUCAGUUAGCCACAGGUGAAAAACGCAAGUAACAAUUAUCAGCUAUUUACGUGCGUUUAUGUCAGGAUAUCUCUGGAAUCUCCCCAGGGAGGAGUUUAAGUGGGCAAAAUCAUUACAUAAGAUUCUUCAAAGGGGAGGAAAGAAAAGAACCCAAGUGUGAUAAGGCAUUAUUUGAAGAUAUCCCCUAAUUUAGCCGAAGGGUGCAGUGCUUUGCUUGAUGCUCAACUUUUCAUUUGCAUUAGAAGAGCUUGUAAUUGGCUGUUGCUGUGUUUUGCCUUAAGCUUUAAAGGAUUUUGAAUAUCACAACAUACAACACGGUCCAGCUUUAUGGUUUUUACUAGAAAGCUAUUAAAUAAAUGGGAGAAAACGACACUGACUCCUUGAUAUUGUGGAAGAAUUUCUUGUUCGAUCAUCAUUAAAGUUGGCAAGAAAGUGAUCUGUUUUUCAGUGAGAGUAUAACUUUUUAGAUCAAAAAUGAAAACAAGUGUCUUUCUAAAGUAUAUGGAAAUAGAAGUAACACCCAAAUGAGCUGGGAAUGUCGUGACAUUACCUUCUUGGUUAUCAUCAUCAUCAUGGUGUCCCAAUAAUCAGUACAAACAUGUAAAUAGAGAGCAAUGCACUGAUGUAUCAUUGGGAAUUUAAUGAGAUGCUCAUGGAGGAAAUGCUUUGUUGAAAACAUUGCCUCCAUGUUCUCCCACUUCUCUCCAACCCCCCCCCCCCCCAAACCACUUGCGCCCAAUAGAAAGGGACACUUGCUGAUUUUGUGGAAACAAUUUUGCAUUAAAGCCAUAUUUAUUUUCCAUUUCUAAAGCAGGAUGGAGUUGAGGGUAAAGUGUGGGAAGCCAAAAUGUAUUGAUUCUAUUUCCCUAUUACUCCCUGGGUAUUAUUGGAGGAGAAUGGGAAGGGGUGCUUUGGUAAAGCUGCAUAAAUGAACAGGGAAUGUCAUGAUCUAUCUUGCCUCAUUUGUCCUAGUGUGCACUUUGCAGAGAGGUUCAAACAGAUGUCUGUUCACAUUAGAUGAAAAGGAAAAAAAUUAAAAGCCAGAAUAAAAAUGGGAAUUGCUGGAAUCGGUGUUGCCAAUGUUUUCUGUUUAUUCCACUCUCAUUAAGCCUUGGUCCAUGCAUCCAGGCUGCUCAUACUUAUUGUGGAGGCUUAAUUCCUCUUUAGUUCGAAGUCAAUCCUCCUUGAAAUGGAAAAGGAAGGUAAGCUGUCACUGCCUGUUUGAGUAAGGAUUGAUAAUACUUCACUGGUGAUUAUCAGGCCUCUUAAAAUGAUGAGAACCAAUGGGCUUGCACAAGUUUAGGUUAAGCGGCCCAUCUUGGAGUUGGUUUUUGCUGUCUCAGGUACUACUCUUAUGUUGCACUCCCAAGAUAUUUAAACAGUUAGGCAGCUUGAACAUCUGGUACCAACUUGGCUGUUUCCAUAUAGCAAUACAAUAGCUUUACUCCGACGAUAAAUGUUUGACCAGUGUUUACAAGAUGUUACUUCUUUUCAAAGGACCUCUUAAAUAUUUUCAAACACUUGAGUUUGGCUGUAUUAGGCUAUUUACUUGAAAUCACUGUUCAUAAAUGUUUUGUGUGAUGAAUUCUGAAGCAAUGUUGGUGUUAUAAUAAUUCCAGGACUAGGUACAUAAUUCAAAAAUGUCACUUUCCACCAUAGAGUGGAAAGGAAAGUACAGUGGCGUGCCAAAGUUUGGGCACCCCUGGUCAAAAUUUCUGUUACUGUGAAUAGCUAAGCGAGUAAAAGAUGACCUGAUUUCCAAAAGGCGUAAAGUUAAAGAUGACACAUUCUUUAAUAUUUUAAGCAAGAUUACUUUUUUAUUUCCAUCUUUUACAGUUUCAAAAUAACAAAAAAGGGAAAACGGCCCGAAGCAAACAUUUGGGCACCCUGCAUGGCCAGUAUUUUAGUAACACCCCCUUUGGCAGUAUCAACAACUUGUAAACGCUUCCGGUAGCUAGCUAGAGUCGUUCAAUUCUUGUUGGGGGAUUCUCGCCCAUUCUUCCUUGCAAAAGGGCUUCUAGUUUUGUGAGAUUCUUGGUCCGUCUUGCAUGCACUGCUCUUUUGAGGUCUAUCCCAGAUGUAGUCAGGGGACUGUGAAGGCCAUGGCAAAACCUUCAGCUUGUGCCUCUUGAGGUAGUCCAUUGUGGAUUUUGAGGUGUGUUCAGGAUCGUUAUCCUGUUGUAGAAGCCAUCCUCUUUCAUCUUCAGCUUUUUUACAGACAGUGUGAUUUUGCUUCCAGAAUUUGCUGGUAUUUAAUUGAAUUCUUCUUCCCUCUACCAGGAAAAUGUUCCCCGUGCCGCUGGCUACAACACAAGCCCAAAGCAUGAUUGAUCCACCCCCGUGUUUAACAGUUGGAGAGGUGUUCUUUUCAUGAAAUUCUGCACCCUUUUUUCUCCAAACACACCUUUGUUCACUGUGGCCAAAAAGUUCUAUUUUAACUUCAUCAGUUCACAGGACUUGUUUCCAAAAUGCAUCAGGCUUGUUUAGAUGUUCCUUAGCAAACUUCUGUUGUUGAAUUUUGGUGAGAUGCAGGAAAGGUCUUCUGAUGAACUCUUCCAUGAAGGUCAUAUUUGUGCAGUGUCGCUGCACAGUAGAACAGUGCACCAACACUCCAGAGUCUGCUAAAUCUUCCUGAAGGUCUUUGCAGUCAACUGGGGGGUUUGAUUUGCCUUUCUAGCAGUCCUACGAGCAGUUCUCUCGGAAAGUUUUCUUGGUCUUCCAGACCUCAACUUGACCUCCACCGUUCCUGUUAACUGCCAUUUCUUAAUUACAUUACGAACUGAGGAAACGGCUACCUGAAAACUCUUUGCUAUCUUCUUAUAGCCUUCUCCUGCUUUUUGGGCAUCAUUUAUUUUAAUUUUCAGGGUGUUAGGCAGCUGCUUAGAGGAGCCCAUGGCUGCUGAUUUAUUGGGACAAGGUUUGAGGAGUCAGGGUAUUUAUAAAGCUUUGAAAUUUGCAUCACUUGGCCUUUCCUAACGAUGACUGUGAAGAAGCCAUAGCCCUAACAAGCUAAUGAAGGUCUGAGACCAUGGUAAAAGUUAUCUGAGAGCUCAAAUCUCUUGGGGUGCCCAAACUUUUGCAUGGUGCUCCUUUCCUUUGUUUCACUCUAAAAUUGUACAGAACAAAAAUAAUACACUAAUCUUGCUUAAAAUGUUGAAAAGAAUGUUUCAUCUUUAACUUUGACUUUUGGAGAUCAGUUCAUCUUCUACUCAACUAUUCACAGUAACAGAAAUUUUGACCAGGGGUGCCCAAACUUUUGCAUGCCACUAUAGAUGAGUUUACAGGAUAUUGCAGUAUAACAAAUGCUAAUGGAUGAAUUGUUACAAAUAUCUUAACAUGAUAAUGGUUCUUACCAUUGGUUAAUUUUCUAUAUUUUAUCUAAUUCCCAACUUGGCAUUUGUUAAGGUAAAAUUUUUGUGGAUUUUUAAAAAUAUGUAAACUAACAAAGGUGAAAUAAAUUAAGCAUUGUACAUUUUCCAAAUGUUAUUGUUUAGUGAUAUCAUGUAACUAGCCUAGUGAUUUUCAGUCCAGAGAAGUGGGAGGAGUUGUACUUAUGUAAAAAAAAAUCUAAAUUGUAUGUUUUUUCUUUGUUUUGCCUUUCAGUAAGUUAUUGGCUGGCGCAGUUUGCUUUUGUUCACGGGUGUUAAAAAUGCAUUAAUUUUUUAUCAUUUUUCAGAAGUCUCUGAGCACUAUAUAGUAAAAUAUGUAUUUGCAUUUCUUAUCUGUAACAAAUGGAUUGUUUGGGGGGAUUUGCUGACUUUUUGUGUCUUACAUAUUGUAAAUAAACAGCUUUUUUUAAUGGCAAUUUGGCCAUUAUUUAGUGUACAUUAUUCAGAUGCUGACUGUAAACAGGUAA